AUGACAGGCAGCUCACCGAAAGUUAGUGAGAUCCGGGGCGCGCAGCGUGCGGAAGGCUGCGCAGCCAUGUUGGCUAUUGGAACAGCAAAUCCUGCGAACCAGGUGUCCCAAGAAGAGUACCCUUACUACUAUUUCCGUGUCACAAAGAGCGAGCACCUUACUGACCAUAAAGACAUAUUCAAGAUAAUAUGUGGUCUCACGGGCACGGAGAACCGUUUCUUCUACCACACGGAUGAACUGCUCAACUCCCACCCUGUCUUGCUGGACCACACAUCGCCGUCCCGCGAAGCUCGGCAUGAUAUCGUCGCCAAGGCUGCUCCAGAGCUUGCGGCAUCAGCAGCAAAGAAGGCCAUCGCAAAGUGGGGCCGUCCGGCCACUGACAUCACCCACCUUAUCGCCAGCACCAACUCUGACGCCGGCGCCCCAAGUGCGGAUGUACGCUUGGUUUCACUCCUUGGCCUUCGCGCCAACGUGUGCCGUACGAUGCUCCAUCUUAAUGGCUGCUUCGCUGGCUGCUCCGCCUUGCGUCUAGCCAAGGACCUUGCUGAGAACAACCGUGGGGCACGCGUCCUCGUGGUUUGCGUGGAGCUCGCCAUUUCUGGCUUCUGCAGCACCGGCGAAGGGAACUGCUUAGACACCCUCAUUACUCAUGCGUUGUUUGGUGAUGGGGCAGGCGCGGUUAUCGUCGGCGCCGAUCCCAUACACCCCGUUGAGAAUCCUCUGUUUGAGAUGGUGUCCGUCUCUCAGACCUUCGUGCCGAGCACCGAGCAUGUGCUCACCCUGAACUUGGGGAGCCACGGCACUCAUGGCAAAGUUUACACCAAACUGCCCACACUGGUAGCAGACACCAUGGAACCUUGUCUUUCAGAAGCAUUUGGUCGACUUGAGAUGGACUUCAAAUGGAAUGACCUGUUCUGGGCUGUGCACCCG